AUUUUUUUUUGCCUAAUCCUGUUACAUUUUAUUAUCAGUACGAUAAAUAUAUUGUUGGUCUCGUGGAGGGUAGAGGAUAUGUCUUGAUAUAUGAUUGAAUAAAACGUUAAUUUACUGGAAACUAUGACAGUAGAAUUGAGUUUUUUUUCAAAAAAAAACAAGAACUAUGACGUAGAAUUAUUGUUUUUGUAAACAUGCAAAACAUAACUGUUCGUAAACACUUGGCAAACUGUUCGUAAACACUUGGCAUGCUUUGGAGGUUCAUAGCUGGAAGCCUAAAAAUAAGUGUAAUGAGGCUAAUUGGUUUUAUCCACGCGAUAGUAUUCCACAAGAUGCAUUAACUUGUUGGAGCAAUUAACGAGAAGUGUUAUUUUCACAUUAUCCUUUUGUACUUGAUCAUUUCUUAACAAUAUCAUUCCACGUUAUUUUUCUUGCUUUAUAAGUAGUAUUCAUUUUUGUGAAUAUAAUAAUGUUAUAUAUAUAUAUAUAUAUGUUUGUUUGUAAAAAAACAAUAAAUAAAUGUUACUGCUAAGUGCGCAUGAAAAUGUCUCAUUAUUUUAUCGAAGAAACAUAGCAGACAUAACAUAGAAGGGAGAAGAUGGUACCCAAAAUAGUUGGUUCAUUAAAUUAAUCUUAUAAAUAGGAAAAAUGUUUGGAAUAUUAUAAUCAGAUUAUUAGUUGGAUCACGCAGGGGUAGCUGUGUUUAAGGGACAAUGUCGACACAAGAGACAACGAUAGAAGAAACGUGGAAAGGGAAGAGUGGGUCUUAGGUUCGGUUAUCGGUUUGGUGUUUCCGAACCUCUAGAACUCCAGACGUCAGACAAAAAGACAACAACAUGAGCCGUUUUUCUUCUUUGUUUUGAACAGAAACGCAAGUAUAUAUUACUGUGUAAACUUCAAAAGCUUACAGAACUAAUGAAAAGUAGUUAUUUUCUUGACUUUACAUGUGAACUUUAUAUAUGAGGUGUAACGCGAAUGACUUUGUUGAUACGGUACCAUCAACUUAAGGAAGUCAUUCACCUAGCUGCCAUUCUUUAUUCACACUUAUUCUUUGAGCUGUAUCACUAAAAAAGAUUUAUAUGUUAUAGUAAUACAGGAAAAACUAUAUAAAAUUAAUAAUAUUAAGAUUAUGAUAUUUUAUUAAUUUAUAGAGCUAUUAAUUUACAAAAUAUUUUAUUUUCUAGAUUUUUAUUUUAGAAUAUAUCUUUUAUAAAGUAAACAAAAUAAUUGAUUUCACUGUAUAUAUAUUAAUUCAAUUUUUGAAAUUCGACUUUCAAGUUAUUUUUAUUGUAUUAUUUGGUGAAUAUAAAAUAUAUUUUAUAAAUUUUAAAUGUGUUUUAGAUAUAAUUUUACUAAAUGUUAGUAAAAUAUAUUGAAGUGUUAAAAAAAUAAAGAGAUAAUUCCAUUUUGAAAUAAAUAAGUAGUAUAAUUUUUUGUUUGUACUUAAUAAAAUGUAUAUAUACAAAAAUUAUUAAUUUAUGACUUUAACGGGACCAUAUAUUUACAUAAGAUUUUCUAAAAUAUUACUUUUUGUUUCAUAUUAAGUGUCACUUUAAAUUUGUACACACGGAUUAAUAAAACAUUUAAUUUUGCAUAUUUUCUAUAUAAAAACAUCAUUACCCAUACACCUAACAAUUUUUCAGCCAAUAGAAAAAUAAACUAGACAAUAAAGUUAAUAAAUUAUGCAUUGAAAUGCUAACGGCACUUAUUUUGCAAUAAUUGUUUUCUACAACGACACUUAAUAUGAAAUAGAGGAAGUAUUAUCUUAUUAUUAUGUCGAUUUGUGUCAUAUUUUGAACCGACCCAACUCGAGACCGGAAAAUUUUAUUAAUUUAUAGUUUCUUAAAAUUUAUCGAAUAUUAAUUUAUAGAGUUUCUAUAGUGACAAAAAAAAAGAGUUUCUAUAGUAUUGUGUUCCGUUCAAGAGUUGGAGUUUGAUGUUUUGGUACAUGGUACUAUGUUUCAUCACGGCAACAUACAACACCAGUGAAGAAGCAUCAUUGAUUUGUUUUCCAAUCGCUGCGGCAACUAACAACAAACAAACAGCCACCGGUGUCUCGUUUUUUAUGUCUCCAACAAUUAAUCGGCCAUUGUUUUAACUUCCGAUUCUGUUUUUUUUGUUGUCUCUGUUGCCGUACUUUUUCGAACGCUGCCGCUGGACGCAUGAAACGAACAGAGCCAAUAUCACUUGGUUCUAUGUUUCUUUAAGAAGUCCGUUGAUUCUUGCAACAAACAUAGAAGAAGUCAGGAGACUAGACGUCAAACUCCUUAUCGGACCGUAAUACAAAACCAAAAAUAUUCGCUGCCCUGUUUGGUGCUGAAUAAGGAUAUGCCCGUUAAUUACUCUGUCCUUACCGAAUCACACGGCCCAAUAUCCAAGCAAAAUUAAUCCACCAUGUUUCGGUAAGAAGCACGUAAUCAUAACGUUUGGUCACUGAAUCAGGGAAACUAAUCAGUUCUCCCGUGGAAGGGCUCAAAACGCUAACCCAACCUGGUACGGGGUCCAAACCAAACCGUCACAUGUUAGCGAGGGUUUUGUAGCGGCGUCAUGGCAUUGUGAAUGGACCACAUCGAUCUCAUCUUCGUUGUACUUGCUAAAAUAUUGUCUUCAAAAAUUCUAGAAAUAGUACACAUUUCAACUAGCCACAAUGAUUAUGGGUCGAGGGAAGUAUUUAACUUUUCUUUUUGCGAAAUGUAAAAAGUUCAAAAGAAGCAUAGACAGAGAUCCCAAUGUAUCCCAUCACAGCCGCACAUCUCGAAAACGUAACGCCACGAUAUCAAUCUAAACCGUUAAACUAAACUAACAACUAUUUCUGCUAUAAAAGUCUCCUUUUCCGCAAUUAGCUACAUCAUUCUGUCGCGUUAACAUUAGAGAAUCCACAAAGACAAGACUCACUUCACUUCCAUCUGCCUCCAAAUCUCCGAUGCCGUCAGCGACGAGGUGGUGGCGGAUCCGCUUGGCUUCAUCUGGAUCCGAGCCGGGCUGGUUUUCAGGCGUUGGAUACGGACAGUGGCGCUGGCUGAGCUGGAGUCGCCCGGAGCUGAGUUUCUUGUCCGUAAUGGUCGAUGACGUUGUGUGGAAAGUAGUGGUGGCGUUCGAGUCGGUGGCUUUGGUCUCGAUGCUUGGUUUCUUCUUUAUCUUCUACGGCUGCACUGUCUGAUUUUGAAUUUCACUUAGGAUUUUGUUUUUGUUUAUUGCCGUAGAGUUUUGGGAUUUCUUUUGUUGUUUUUCCUUAUAAUUUUUUUUUUAUUGGUCUACUUCCACCGUACGCUAGUGGUAACGCAACGGCGGAGAUACUGAUGCUGUUGUUCAAGGAUGCGCGUGAUGAUCACUCGUGACUCGCCGUAGUUUGUUUUAGUUUUGAUUUCUCUUUCUGAAUGAUCAUAUCAUGUCAUGUUUGCCCAAAAAAAGAAUGAUCAUAUCAUGUUAUGUUUUGGUAGUUAAAUGUUCAAAUCCAACAAACCCCAAAAA